AUGCAGAGGAAUCCCCACUCAGCCGAUACAGCUGCUCAGCAACAAAGGAGUGAAGCUGGGUCAUCUAAUAAAGCCCUUGGAUGCCAUGAGCAGCUGGACCCCAAGGACAGCCUGGAGUCCGAGGACCCCGGAGAAUACUGUUAUGGUGGGUACCACCCUGUCCAGAUCGGGGACACCCUCAACAGAAGGUAUCAGGUGGUGUCUAAGCUCGGCUGGGGCUAUUUCUCCACUGUCUGGCUGUGUCUAGACCUCAGGCUUGGUGGACACGUAGCUGUGAAGGUGCUGAAGAGCGGAGCAGGCUUCACCCAGGCAGGACAGGACGAGCUGGCUCUCCUACGAUGUGCGUGUGGCCCUUCGAGCCGUCAUCCCUCCAGGCCGAGGAUAGUUCAGCUGCUCGAUGACUUCAAGCUGGCUGGGGUCAACGGGGUCCACAUGUGCCUGGUGCUGGAGCUUCUGGGGCCUGACCUGAGAUGCUGGCAGCUAUGUUUUGGGGAUCCAGGACUGUCACGACUGUGGGUUAAACAAAUUCUUACUCAGGUUCUGCAAGGCCUAGACUACCUGCACACUCAGUGUAAAAUCAUCCACACUGACAUCAAGCCAGAGAACAUCAUGCUCUGCCUGGAGGAGCAGUCUCACAACGCACCAGCAGGGGCCAGUAGCUCCUCCUCUCUACUGACUGGGAAGGUGUCUUCGUCCAAGUCAACAGAGAAGGAGCCUGUGAACCCUUCCAGUUUGAAGGAAAUUAAAGUGAAGAUUGCUGACCUGGGCAGCUCCUGCUGGGUGUACAAACAUUUCUGUGAAGAAAUCCAGACGCGACAGUAUCGCUCACUAGAGGUUUUACUGGGAGCUGAGUAUGGUCCGCCUGCUGACAUCUGGAGUGUUGCCUGCAUGGCCUUUGAGUUUGUCACUGGAGACUCGCUUUUUGAACCCAAAGCCCGCGAGUCCUUUUCCCUGGAGGAAGACCACAUAGCCAAGAUCAUGGAGCUCCUGGGUCAAAUCCCACCAGCUGUUGCCUUGUCGGGCAAAUACUCAGCAGAUUACUUUGGGCGCAGAGGUGACCUGCGUCGUGUCGGUCCGCUGAGGCUCUGGAGCCUUUAUGAGGUUCUUGUGGAAAAAUACCAUUUCCAGUUGGAGGAGGCCCAUGGUUUCUCUGAAUUCCUUCUUCCAAUGUUGGAUUAUCAUCCCAAAAAGAGGGCCACUGCUGCAGAGUGCCUUCGCCACCCCUGGCUGACCUCCUGA